AUGUAACUAAUCGAUACCGAAUUUGGCAGAUUGUUUUAUUGCAUCUACACUUUGCAUAAACGCUAACUAAUAAGUUAAGAUAGAAAAGGAAGAUUGAAAGAUUUGCUAAUAACAACAGAUGAUCGAAUGACUCCUUUAUUAACUAAUGUUAAAUAAUAUAAUGAAUAAUAAGUGUAUGAACACCUAUUAAUGAUUGUCGAUUCCCCACAUGAUACCUAUCUCAAAUAAGAAUCUGAACCCUCUGAAGAAAAUUAAUCAAUCAAUUCCGCUCGAACAUCAAGGAUUCCUAAACCAAAAGAGAUUUUUAUUGAAAAGAGUACAUUCAAAUUGGCUGAAAAAAGUCCAGGCCCUCUGAGUACUCGAUCAUCUUAAAAAAGACUGCAUCAUCCAUUAAAAAUUCUUGAAAACAUAUGA